GGGAAGAGAAGACAAUAAACGUAGCUACCUCAUCUCCCUCUUCUUUUCUCUUUUUUUUUUUCUUUUGUUGCUGUCUCUUUUUUUUCCUCCACCUGUAGUUUCUCUCUUUUGUCCUCAAUAGGCGACGAUGGCCUCCUCCAUUUUCUCCGGUGUUAAGUUCUCUCCGAUCUUAGCUCCCGUUAAUUCUAGAGAUAGCCGCGGCUCUCGAUGUGUAAAAGAUAGAAAUAAAGUUAGGUUUAAUCCUGCGUCGCCGCGUCUCACUCCCAAUCGUGUUCGCGCCGAAGCUCAGUCUUCGAUUCCAUAUACUGGUCUUUGGGCACAGCCAACUGCGAACAGGGGACGUUUGAAGAGGAGCAUUGUUCUGGGACAACGAAGCGCGAUUUUCAGAAAAGAAGCUACUGGGACAUCACUUUCUCAGGGACGCAAUUUCUGUUUUACCUGUAAAAGAAGUCAACCCGGAGUCAGAAGAUCAUUACCGAGUGCCUUUGUGGACAGAAGUUCAUUUAGUUUGUCGAGGUCUCGUUUGACCUCUUCUCUGAGAAAAAAUUCUCAGGUUCUAAAUGCAACUGUUGGACCAGAUGAGCCACAUGCUGCUGGAACAGCCUGGCCAGAUGGCAUCGUUGCGGAGAGACAAGAUCUAGACUUAUUGCCCCCUGAGAUAGAUACUGCAGAGCUAGAAGCAUUUCUUGGUUGUGAACUUCCUUCUCAUCCCAAGUUGCACCGGGGGCAAUUGAAAAAUGGACUUCGGUAUCUUAUUUUGCCGAACAAAGUUCCACCAAACAGAUUUGAGGCACACAUGGAAGUUCAUGUAGGAUCGAUUGAUGAGGAAGACGAUGAGCAAGGGAUUGCUCAUAUGAUAGAACAUGUUGCAUUCCUUGGGAGCAAGAAACGUGAGAAACUUCUUGGUACAGGUGCCCGCUCUAAUGCAUACACAGAUUUCCACCAUACAGUAUUUCAUAUUCACUCUCCCACCCACACAAAGGACUCUGAGGACGACCUUUUCCCGUCUGUGCUCGAUGCCUUGAAUGAGAUAGCUUUUCACCCAAAAUUCCUAUCUUCUCGAGUUGAGAAGGAAAGGCGGGCUAUACUUUCAGAACUUCAGAUGAUGAAUACAAUUGAGUAUCGUGUUGACUGCCAGUUGUUACAACAUUUACAUUCUGAGAACAAGCUGGGUAGAAGGUUCCCUAUUGGAUUGGAAGAGCAGAUUAAGAAGUGGGAUGUUGACAAAAUUAGGAAAUUUCAUGAGCGAUGGUACUUCCCAGCCAAUGCCACUCUAUAUAUUGUGGGAGACAUCAACAACAUACCUCAGAUAGUCAACAAUAUUGAAGCUGUGUUUGGAAAAACUGGUUUGGAUAAUGAAUCAACACCCUCUCCUACUCCUGGUGCCUUCGGUGCCAUGGCUAAUUUUCUCGUUCCGAAGCUGCCAGCUGGUCUUGGUGGAACCUUUUCAAAUGAGAGAACAAAUACUGCUGAUCAAUCUAAGAUGAUUAAAAGAGAAAGACAUGCAAUUCGUCCCCCGGUUGAGCAUAAUUGGUCGCUUCCUGGAACCAGUAUUGAUCUAAAGCCUCCGCAGAUAUUUAAGCAUGAGCUUCUUCAAAAUUUUGCAAUCAAUAUGUUCUGCAAGAUACCUGUUAGCAAGGUUCAGACAUUUGGAGACCUGCGAAAUGUUCUGAUGAAAAGAAUAUUUCUCUCUGCUCUACAUUUUCGAAUUAAUACGAGAUACAAGAGUUCAAACCCGCCAUUUACAUCAGUUGAAUUGGACCAUAGUGAUUCGGGAAGGGAAGGAUGCACUGUUACCACUCUUACUGUCACCGCAGAGCCCAAAAAUUGGCAAAAUGCAGUGAAAGUUGCUGUCCAAGAGGUUCGAAGACUUAAAGAAUUUGGUGUCACCAGGGGUGAACUUACACGUUACAUGGAUGCUCUUCUAAAAGAUAGUGAACAUCUUGCGGCUAUGAUUGAUAAUGUGUCGUCUGUUGAUAACCUGGAUUUUAUCAUGGAAAGUGAUGCACUAGGCCACACUGUUAUGGAUCAGACGCAAGGACAUGAGACCUUGGUUGCUGUAGCUGGAACUGUUACGCUUGAAGAGGUAAAUACUGUUGGCGCCAAGGUGCUAGAGUUUAUUUCUGAUUUUGGAAGGCCCACUGCACCUCUUCCUGCAGCAAUAGUUGCUUGUGUUCCCACAAAGGUGCACGUUGAUGGGGUUGGUGAGAGUGAUUUUAAUAUAACUCCUGCUGAAAUAAUAGAUUCUGUCAAAUCAGGAUUAUUAGCACCCAUUGAAGCUGAGCCUGAGCUCGAGGUGCCAAAAGAAUUGAUCUCUCAAUCACAGUUGGAAGAGUUAACCUUGCAACGAAAUCCAUGUUUUGUCCCUAUUCCUGGGUCAAACGUAACCAAGUUGCAUGACAAAGAGACUGGGAUCACUCAGCUUCGCUUAUCUAAUGGAAUACCUGUAAAUUACAAGAUAUCAACAACCGAAUCUCGGGCAGGUGUCAUGCGGCUUAUUGUUGGUGGUGGACGAGCUGCAGAAACUUCUGAUUCCAAAGGAGCUGUGGUUGUUGGUGUUCGUACACUCAGUGAGGGUGGUCGAGUUGGAGACUUUUCAAGGGAGCAGGUGGAGCUUUUCUGUGUAAAUCAUUUGAUAAAUUGCUCGUUGGAGUCAACUGAGGAGUUCAUUGCCAUGGAAUUCCGAUUUACUCUGAGAGACAAUGGAAUGCAAGCAGCUUUUCAGCUGCUUCACAUGGUGCUUGAGCGUAGUGUCUGGUUGGAAGAUGCAUUUGAUCGAGCACGGCAGCUAUAUCUUUCGUAUUUUCGAUCAAUUCCUAAAAGCUUGGAGCGUGCGACUGCUCAUAAACUCAUGAUUGCGAUGCUGAAUGGUGAUGAGCGUUUUGUUGAGCCGACACCUAAGUCAUUACAGACCCUGAAUCUAGAAACUGUGAAAGAAGCGGUCAUGAGUCAUUUUGUUGGGGAAAAUAUGGAGGUAAGCAUUGUGGGGGACUUUUCAGAGGAGGAAAUUGAGCGUUGCAUCCUUGAUUACCUCGGUACAGUUAAAGCCAGCCAUGAUUCUACAAAACUACCUGGAUCUGAGCCUAUUGUGUUUCGCCAACCAACAGCUGGCUUGCAAUUUCAACAGGUAUUCUUGAAGGAUACUGAUGAGAGAGCAUGUGCAUACAUUGCUGGACCAGCGCCAAAUCGAUGGGGCUUUACAGUUGACAGGGAUGACCUUUUUCAGUCUGUUAGCAAACUUACUGUUGCUCAUGAUGGACUUUCGAAAUCGGAGGAACAGUUGCUAGAGGGCGGAGACAGGGAGUUGCAAAAGAAGCUUCGUGCCCACCCUCUUUUCUUUGGAAUUACAAUGGGUCUUCUGGCAGAAAUCAUAAACUCAAGGCUUUUCACGACAGUAAGAGAUUCUCUUGGACUGACAUAUGACGUAUCGUUUGAGCUAAACCUAUUUGAUAGGCUGAAUCUCGGGUGGUAUGUAGUAUCUGUGACUUCAACUCCCGGCAAGGUAUACAAAGCGGUUGAUGCCUGUAAGAGCGUUCUUAGAGGAUUGCAUAGCAACCAAAUUGCCCCUAGGGAGUUGGAUAGGGCAAAGCGAACUCUUCUUAUGAGACAUGAAGCUGAACUCAAAUCCAAUGCUUAUUGGCUUAAUCUAUUAGCUCACUUGCAGGCCUCCUCUGUUCCGAGGAAGGAACUGUCAUGCAUUAAAGAACUUACUUCAUUGUAUGAAGCUGCUUCGAUCGAGGACAUAUACCUCGCUUAUAAUCAAUUAAGAGUGGACGAGGACUCUCUGUACUCCUGCAUUGGGAUAGCUGGGGCGCAGGCUGGUGAAGAGACAACUGUGCUAUCAGAAGAAGAAGAACCAGAAGAUGCUUUUUCAGGAGUUGUUCCUGUGGGACGAGGCUCAUCGAUGACGACAAGACCAACAACCUGAUCCACAUUUUGGCUUGUAAGAUAAUGUAGGUGAAGACAUGUGCCAUAGAUACGACAGAGAAUAAGCCAGAUAAAGUAUCAGAUUCGUUGUCACAGAAAGAAGCUUUAGCAGAGGCUUUGCUUUGGCAUAAGAGGUUUGCAAGGCUAAUAAAUGACCACAUUAUCUGUACUAAUCUCUUGUCUCCUUCAUAUUUAUAGAAAAGAAAAAAGAAAGAUAGUGACAUAUGUAGACCCUUUGUUUUUUGGACUUGAUCGUUACUACUUCGGUGCAAAGUUUAUGCAGCUGUAAAUGGUGAUUUUGAGGAGUCUUUUUGCACCCAUGUUCAUCUAUCUGUAAAAUCAUUGGGAGGUGCUCAUGGCAGUUUGGGAUGAUAAUUUAGUGGCUGGAAGAUUGAUAAGAGCUUAUAAUAUUUUAA